AUGCCGCGAAAGGUCCGGGCCGCUGCGCAAGCGGCGUCCAAUUCAAUGAAAAACACCCCCGUGGCCGCUGAUGCCUCCGACGAGGAGAUGCUGGAUGCACCUCCCUCCCAGACCUCGUCUCCCGCAGCCGACGAAAAGGACCAGGAUGUUGAAGCCGAUGUCGAUGCCGACGCAGAGCCUACCCAGGGUGUCGAAACCCCUGUCGACACUCCCACUGAAUCCAAGCAAGGUGCUGAUGAUGAGGGAGGGAACGCAAGUGCUGCAACGCCCGCAGCGGACGACACCACCCUUCUUGGAGGCGAUGAUACACCUUCCUACACCGGCGGACGCCAAUCCGUCAUCCCGCGCAAACGAGGUCCUGGGCGCCCACCGAAGAACCGCCCCCCAGACUGGGACGCGGUGGACGGGACGGGCUCUCCGCGAGUCACGACGCCGGUCAAGAGACGUAGAGGCCGUCCUGCUGCCAGCGGAGGCCGCUGGGCGCGCAACAGGGGCCCCUCGCAUAUGACACAAGUACCAAUCGAUAAAGAGGGCAACAUGAUGGACGUGAUCGAUGAUGAAGUGGCCUUGCCACCGGAUCCCGAGGGCGAUAGCAAGGUCGACAAGAACGGAGUGUUGCAGGGGGGACGCCAGUAUCGCGUUCGCACGUUCACCAUCCUCAACCGCGGCGACCGGCUGUACAUGCUUUCCACGGAACCGGCGCGAUGCAUUGGGUUCAGGGACUCGUAUCUGUUCUUCCAGAAGCACAAGAUGCUCUACAAGAUUAUCAUCGAUGACGACGCGAAGCGCGAUCUGAUCGAACGCGAUAUCAUCCCCCACUCUUACAAGGGACGCGCAAUUGGUGUUGUCACGGCACGCUCGGUCUUCCGCGAGUUCGGCGCCAAGAUUGUCGUCGGGGGAAAGAAGGUGGAUGAUGAUUAUCACGCUCAGGCUGCUCGUGAACGAGGCGAUGUCGCCGGUGAACUGGCUGUCCCUGAGGACAGGCUGCCUCUCCCCGGCGAGGAAUACAACCGGAAUCAGUAUGUGGCCUGGCACGGCGCCAGCAGCGUCUAUCACACGAAUACCCCGUCUAUUCCUGUCCCUGGCGGAAAGCCCGUCGAUUCCAGGAAACGGCGGGUCACGGUGACGGGUGACAACUGGAUGCUCGAGCAUGCCCGUGAAGCGAGUGGUUUCAAUGCUCGACUCGCUACCAUGCGCCGCGCAAACUUAGGAGGCAUCUACGACGUCCACACGAACAUCAUCCAAACCCCGAAGAUCAUGCAGCCCUCGCACGCCCGCUGGGAACGACUCCCACCACCAGACCCGCGCGCCCCCGGCCAACUGAUGAAAGACAUGUCCUCUCUGAGCCUCACCAACGGCACCGCCGCCAGUGUAUCCACACCCCAUGAAUCCACCGAGACCACCAACCAGCACCAAGAACCCACCGCCAGAACGGAAGAAGGACAAGAACAACCCCAAACAAUCUUCCCGUCCAUCCCCGCCUCCAUCGCCCGCCGCUUCGCAAUCCACGACAUCCACUACGAGUCCCCACCGGUCUCAAACAUGGGCAUCCCCGGUCCAGACGGCGACGUGCACGACCUCGGCGCCAACGGCCUGAUCACAGCUGCCGAUCCCCAGCACCCGGAGUUCAUGAGCGCCGACGUGCUGGAUGAAUUGCCGGCAGACUGCAAGGAAGCCCUGCUUGCCUCCGCGGCACAGGAGUGGGAGUGGAAAUCCAAGUGGUGCAGUGAGGCGGAUGACGGGGCGCGGUCCAGGCCGUUGAAGAAUUUUGCGUGGUUUCCGUGA